AUGACAGUUAAUUCACCUAGGAUUUACGCAAAGCGAUGCUGGCCCACUGUGCGCGAGGGGCGGCGGCGCCGGCCCCUGACCUACAACGAGGGCGGGGGCGAUGGCGAUCAAUACGGCGGGACGCCCGUUCGAUACGCGGCGCUGCGCGGCCCCGCUUGCCGCCCCACGUGCCGCCGCUUUCCUUUCUUCUACCCCCCCCCCACCCACCCCCCUCCCCCCCGACUCCUCGCGCCCGGCGCGCAGCAGCUCCCAAAUCGCCUGCAUCAUAUGGCCUGCUAUUGUUAUGCUGACUGUCCUGAAUCAACCCUGGACGCGUGGGUCGGCGGCAAGCGUAAAACCUCCCGUUCGCCCUGCCUGCCCGAGAGUCGAGCUUUGCGAGCAGCCGCCCGUGGGAGCCGCCACGCGCCGCGCACGUGCGCGCGGGCCGCGGCUUUCGCGUCCCUUCGGAGGCGCGGCGCGCCCUCCGACAGCUCGGCGGCCGGACGCUCUCCGCCGUGCUUGUGUUUCGCCGCUCGGGAAUUGGCGCAGCUGCGCAAUCGAACGCAAAUGCGUCUCCUUGUGUUCUCGCCGAGAAUUGGCGAACGCCUUUUAGCAAGGGCUAAGAUUUACAUUGCGGCGGGGCGGGGAGGGGCGGGGGCAGCCCAGUGGGGCGACGCGGGCGCCGUGAGGCAUGAGGCCAUCCGUCUUGGUAACGGCGGGGGCGGGCGCGGGGUGGCCGAGGGCGGCGCAAAGUGGGCCGAAACAACAUGCAGCAUGGGAACAACAAAAUGUAAGUAG